UGGCAAUCCGCUAACUCUUCCUACCUCAGCAUCGCGUGUGGAAGAGAAUACGUAUUUCACACCUCAUUACCCAAUCUCGCUGAAGAGGUCUUCGCCCUCGUCUGACCGGAUGCCUGUCGCUCAUUGUUAAGAUAUCAUCAGUCACGAGAUCACGUGUGCAACGCUCGAGACGAGUUCUUCAGAGCCGGGCCAAGCUGGCACGAUGAACCAUAGCAACUACGAUAUGUAUUACGACAGCCCAUCCAACCGUUCACCAAACUCGCACCGCAACCUCAACCGUCAGAAUUCCCGUCAGCAGUUUGAGUCCCACCCUUUCCUGCCCUCCGGCCUGUACCCGGAAGCUUACGGAGGGGACAAAUACGGCGACAUGCGCAACGCUACGAUUGGUGGUUAUGGUGCCGACUAUGGCAUGGGUGGUGGAUCAUGGAACGCGAGCGCUUUCAGUCAGAACAACACGAUGAACGGUCUUGGUACCUCUAGCAUGAGAAGGCCUCAUUCGAAGGGCAGGUCUGGUCUGCCGUCGGCCUGGCUUGAUCAGCCGCAACAGAUGCAAGGCAACCCGUACAUGAACAUUGGUGGCUUUGGAUCGAUGCGCCAGGACACCCUAGGUUCUGAGCCCGACGAAGAGCUCAUACCGACUGCCAUUGUGAUCAAGAACAUUCCGUUUGCCAUCAAGAAGGAGCAACUUGUGGCCAUCAUGACCGACAUGGGCCUCCCUCUCCCGUAUGCCUUCAACUACCACUUCGACAACGGCGUCUUCCGCGGCUUGGCAUUUGCCAACUUCACCAACCCGGAGGAGACUGGAGCAGUAAUUGAUGCCAUGAAUCAUUUCGAGCUCAACGGCAGGAAGUUGAGAGUGGAGUACAAGAAGAUGCUACCUGCCGCCGAGCGCGAACGCAUAGAACGCGAGAAGCGUGAGAGGCGCGGUCAACUGGAGGAGCAGCAUCGACCCAUGGCUCCUUCCACCCUGCAGACUCAAGGCUCGAUCUCGUCACUCUCGUCACGCCUGCAGAACCACUCGCCUUCUCCGCUUUCGGCGCGCAGCAUGAGACCAAACGGUUGGGUCGACACGCCCACUGGCGAAUCACCGCAGAUCGGUAACGAUGUCGAUAUGAACGACCCACAGACGCUACAGUACUACACGAAAUUGCUCCUGUUCAAAGAGGACCCUUCCCGCGAGCUCAUCGUACUCCCGCCAACCCUCUCGCCACCCGAGCGCCGCAUUGUACACACACUUGCGCACCACAUGGGCCUCGGUCACAUGUCGAAGGGCGAAGCGGACAGACGCGCCGUCCACGUCUAUAAGGAAGGCUCAAGGGCACGCGUCAGUCCGCCGAUGCCACAGAUCGCCACCAUGCAAGGUGACUCCCGACGCGCCUUGAGCCGUGCAGCCACGACCGACUUCGCAGACGUGCGCGGAUCGAACGAAUACCACAAUGGUCUCCGCGCCCAAGCGUCCGGGUACCUCAACAGCGAAUACUCUGCCGUAGCGGGUGGGCUCGGGCCGGCGACAAGCUUACGCGCCGCCAAAUCGUUCGCCGACCUGCGUUCAUACACACCAUCCCCCGUGCCUUCUACCGCCAGCUUCCCAGCCGCGCUGAGCAACAACGUCGCCCGCUUCCAAGAGUUUGGUGGCAGAGACACCAAUCAAUCCAACACGCCCACCCUGAUGACGCCUCCCUCGAACCUAGCGGAGCGAAGCGAAAACGGCAUCAUCAAUGGUCUCGGCAACAUGACCCUAGGCGGUAACGGCUUCGGCGGCAGUCCACGUGGUCUUCGUGGUUUCCCCAGCUGGGACCGUGAGAACCCGGGUCCGAUUGGGAGUCACCGCUCGUUCAGCACGAAUUACGAAGAUCGUUCCUCCUCUCGCACGAACCUGCAAGCGGGCGGCCCUGAGCGUCAGCCUCGCGGCCCACUGCCGGAGCGUGGUCCGGGGUUUCCGCGACCGCGGCAGAAUGGGCAUGUGGCACGGAAUAGCGAUGAGUUGUCGCAGCAGAGUAGUGCGCCGGAGAUUACGGUGGAGCAUUGAGUGCAGCCAUACUCAUACCGAUCAAACGAUAAGAGCAAGCGAAUGUGAUUACGACAGUAUGACCGGCAAAUGUCAUCCCAUAUCCGACUCCGCUACCAACCACCAACACCCGCAUCACCAGUACUAUCCAGCAUGCGCCCCUCAGACACGUCAACCCGCCCGAAACGAACGACGAGAACGAAGAACCGAACGAACGACGACGACAUGAAACACGGAUGAGGAAAAGGGGAACAAGGUUAGAUCAAGACUUCACAUAGGAGCUCAGCGCCCGCAUGACACCCCUUUUCUUUUGCAUAUCUGCAUACUUCUCAUAGCACCCUUUCAAAGCAUUGUCAGAGACGCUUUACCGCAGUGGUUGGCGCGCUGCCGGAGAAGAAGUUCAGGAUGGGGUGGUAAUUGUUUCUUGUUUCUUGAUUGAGGGAAGAAGGCGUAAUAGCG